GUUGCUCUGAUGAUGCCUUGAGACCUCGCGCAUCAAACACAUUCAUGGUGAAGACGAAGACAAUGAGACGUUCGGCGUUAAAACCGAUCAAAUUGUGUCGCAAAGAAUGCGCACAAUAAUUCAGUGACAUCGAUGAGUUCCACUUAAAAAAAGUGCCAUGGAGACAGGCCAAUGAGAUCUACGACAAGAAAGACGGGGUGGGCUUAUCAAUACAGGAAAAGGCCAUCCCUCAGUUACAAUUUGGAGACUUUAGAACCAUUAAAAAAGGCAGAGAUUAGGAUCUGUAUACACACUAAUCCAGAAGAAGAGACUGUGAGCGGGAAGCAAAGAAAACCCCCCACACAGAUGAACAAAUUUGAGGGAGUGGCUGAGUUCCAUGCAAGGCCCUAUUUCUGACUGACCAAACAGUCAAAGAUGUUAAAUGAGUGGAAGCACCGUAUGAGAGGCCAGCGCCAGAUAGAGCAGCAUCUCAUUAUAGCACCAAGGCAACAAUCACAGCCCUUUUCACUCUCCACUAUGAUCGUUGGUCUAUUUUUAUCAUUGGUUGAGACAACACAGUGAUUAAAUCAGGCAUAUCUGAUGAGGGUCAGAUCCUGCAGAUGCAGGAUUGAGAGGAAGGGAAAGCUCUCUGUGCACCUGGCCGCUUAGAAGCAGACAACCCUUAACAUCUGCUUGUUUGCGCUUGGAUAUUUGUGUAACCUUGAUCUGAGAUGUGGCGAUAAAGAGCUCAUUUUGCCAGUUGACGCAGGGAUUGAGGGACAACAUGUGAAGGUGUGAAGGGUUGCACUUAUCUGUUAUUGUCAGUGUUUAAAUGUAAAAAUUCAUUUGAAUCUAUGUGAGUAAAGCUUUUUAAGAUGGCCUUUUAUUAUGAAUUUAGUUUGUUAAAAUAUUAUUUUUUCAGUUCAUUUUUUACCUUUUUUUUAAUUAUUAUUCACAACACAUUAAUGGAAAACCUGGAAAUAAGAGAACAUUUUGAUAUUUUGAUUUCCAUGGAAAUUAAUAAAAUCUUAAAGUCAUGUAAAAUGCUAUAGUGAAUGUAAAUUUAAGUUAAACUCAACUCAAAAUGUAAUUAGUUAAGAAAUUGUGUUCUUUUUGCGUGCAAUCUACAUAAAAUUAUUUUUUAAAAUCCUUUAGUCAUUACAAACAACUGGAAAAGUCUGGAAAACUGGGAAAUUUAAGUGUGCUAAUCCCAUUGAUAUUAGGGCUGCACCUUUUUUAUCGAUUAAUCUAACGAUUCUUUUUCCGAUUAGUCAAUUACCCUAACGACUAAUUUGCAGAUUAUUCUAAAGAUUUUUUAUUAUUAUUACUUGAUUAAUAUAACAAUUAACCCAAAAUAAAUACAAAACUUGUCAUUAAUAUUUCAAUAUUUUAUUAAAUCAUCUUCUCUUAAACACAAACAAAUGUCCAAGAAACAAAGUGUGCACUGCAGGGCAUUAUUCUGCACAAAAAUAGCCCUGUCUUAACUAGUAAUCUCCAUUUUACAGUCCAACAUAAAAUCUCUCCUAAAUAAAAGUAAGAACUUGUUCAAUUUAUGUAAAAGGAAAGUGCAAUCUACAUUUAGCAAUCCAACAACAAAAUAAAUGAAACAAAUGUACAAUUCAAGUCACUUUCAGGAGGAAAGAUGAUUUUGGUUUUCCAAAAAGAGGACACCUUUUUUUUUUCCGCCGGUGGGGGGGAAUAAUAGGGUUCAAAACAGCAACUAUGAAUGCAAACUUUAAUACAGUGAAAGAGAUACUCCAUUAGCAUAACAGAAAUAUAUGGAAAAUUGUAUUUAUUUAUAACAUUCUUUUGAAUGUCCAUGUACUAAAAUAAAAUAUUUGAUGCCAUGAGUGUAACUUCAUUUACUAUUACUAUUAUUUUGAAUGGCCGUGGAAAAUGAAGCAAUGUGAUAAUUUUACCUGGUCGCAAAAAGUAGUCCGUUAAUUUACCUGAUGAACUUUCACCUUUUGCUGACCAUUUAUGUGCUUCUAAAUCAUUUGCACCUUUAUUUAGCAACUGACACAUAAGUGCCAGCUUUACAUGUCAUACAUUCUGCUUCCCACGGAUCUCGACUUGGACGAAAGCAUGGGAAUUUUGUGCAAAUCUUCUGUAAAUUUGAACUUUCGUUUGGGCAUUGUUUCCACUCAGCUGUCAUUUGCUGCUACUGUCAAGCAACUGUUUGAUGCCGAACACAACAGCGCUUUACGCGUUCACGGAGAGAUUGAAAAAAACUCGCCUACGGUCAUCUAAAGCGUGGGAGUAUUUUAGCCAGAGACCCAACAAUGUGGUGCUGUGUAAGCUAUGCAAAUUGGAAAUGGCUUAUCGCAGCAGUUCAACCACCAUGAACGAACACUUGAAGCGAAAGCAUCCCGGAGCACUUUGUCAAGAUGGCAGCAAGGCAGCACCAUAAGUCCUGUUUACUUUUUGUCCCCACCCAAGCAUGACAUAUUAAUAUUACAACAUGUGUUUCUGUUAGUAGUAGUCGUCACUUAAAAUGUUCUAAAUGUUUCCUCAUCGCCCAUGUUAAAAGUAGUUUCUGCACCGCUGUAAACGUAGGGUGACCAUACGUCUUCUCUUUCCCGGACAUGUCCUCUUUUUCAGACCUUAAAAAAGCGUCCGGCCGGGAUUUCUACAUUUGCGGAAAUGUCCGGGAUUCGGCUUUAGUUGCAUUAUGAUGUGCAUCUGGUCUAAUACUUCAUUGUGUGCGCGCAUAUUUACAUUGCUUUAACCCCUCUUUGUAAGUCCCGCCUUCUCGCACACCAAUUGGUCAAUUAUAAGAGGCUUGCAGCAACUAUUGGCCAAAUUCCUUUUUUUUUUAGCUGCAGCUUCUUCUUCGGGGGAAUCCAUACUUAAACCGGGAGCUGCCAUUUUAAAUACUCCAUUGCGACGUGCCGACGCAUGUUAUGCAAAUUGAUGUAUUUCUGUAAUCGAUUACGUCGAUGAAUCGUCCAAGCCCUAGUUGAUAUAUCAAUAUAAUUGACUUAUUUGUUGGUAGAUUGAUAUUUUUGAGGCUUUGAAGAUAUUACAUGUUACAUAUUGAUCAAGGGGAGUCAUUCUAGGUGGUGCCUUAGUUGCAGGUCUCCUGCCAUGAGCUAAUUUCCCCAGUGGCCUGUGGCAGGAUGACUGCCAUCUACCCGACUGGGGGGGUCUCGGUCGGGGUUUCGGCCAUGGCCACGGGUCCCCAGCAUAAUGCACGAUGGAGCCGACUGGACAGCUCCGACAUCUGCAUGGACGAUGAGGGGACCCAGUCGCACCGACUCACUCCGUUGGAGAAGCUCAGUUUGGACAUGUACCAAGAUGAGAAGAUGGUGAGAGAGCUCACGGUGGGCUGCCGCAUUGGCUUCUACAAGAUUUGCGGUGAGAUUGGCUGCGGCAACUUCUCUCACGUCAAGCUAGGCAUCCACGCUCUGACGAAAGACAAAGUAGCCAUCAAGAUCUUGGACAAGACCAAGCUUGAUCAGAAGACCCAAAGUCUGCUCUCCCAGGAGAUAUCAAGCAUGGAAAAGCUGCACCAUCCAAAUAUCAUCCGUCUGUAUGAGGUAGUGGAGACUCUGACUCGUCUGCACCUGGUCAUGGAGUAUGCAAGCGGAGGGGAGCUCUAUACAAAAAUCAGCACUGAGGGGAAGCUUUCCGACAUCGACAGCAAGAUUGUCUUCUCUCAGGUUCUCUCAGCUGUGAAGCAUAUGCAUGACAACAACAUCAUCCACAGGGACCUGAAAGCAGAGAAUGUUUUUUACACCUGUAGCACCUGUGUUAAAGUGGGAGACUUUGGCUUCAGCACCGUCAGCCGUUGUGACGAGACCCUCAAUACCUUCUGCGGUUCUCCCCCUUAUGUCGCCCCUGAGCUCUUCAGAGACGAGCACUACAAAGGCGCUUGCGUGGACAUCUGGGCAUUAGGCGUCCUGCUAUUCUUCAUGGUGACUGGCACCAUGCCUUUCCGUGCCGAAAUGGUAGCCAAGCUAAAGCGCUGUAUCCUGGAAGGGGCGUACACAGUGCUUGCCUGGGUACCAGAACCGUGCCAGAAACUAAUCCGGGGCAUUUUGCAGCCCCAGCCAGCUGACCGCUACAGUGUAGAACAGAUGAUGGGCUGUGAGUGGCUGCUGCCAGUGGAGUUUCCCAAAGCCAUGGAGCCCUUUAAAUUGGACCCACUCCACCUGGCUGAGACUGGGUCAGGGCAGCUAGAGGAGCAUGAGAUAGAGGUGAGGAAUGCCCUGGAGACACUUGGCAUCACCACUGACCACAUUCGUAACAACCAGGGCAAAGACUGCAGGAGCUCCAUCACUGGGGUCUAUCGUAUUCUCUUACACUGGGCACACAAACGACAAGCAUUAGAGAGCAUGCCAGUAGUUACCCAUGUAGUGAAUGGAAUUGAUGAUAAAAAGGACCAUUUGAAAGCAUACAGGAGCCUUAGACAUACAUCUAAACUCUGCACCAUUCUGUGAUGCUAAAAAUGGGUAAAUCUUUGAUAAAGUAUGAAUGACUCACUGGAACUAUGUUUUAGCUUAUUUUGUUUAAUACACCUCUUUUGUUAUUUUUUUUUUUUUAAUAGAAAAUUAGAUCAAUGAAUGCCUCUAAUAAAGUAGUCUAUUUUAAUCAAAAAGGUAUGUAUGAUUGCUGUUGGUUUGAGUGUUUUGAACAUGAGCGAAGCAAGACCUUUGUUUUGAUGUCACGAAUGUCUCAUGUCGUGUUCAUUUUUGUAAUAAAAUUCUUUGGACUGCA